GGUUCCGAGUGUUCCGACGUGACUGGACGUGACCUUAAAGCAAAUCGGAGGAAGCGGUGUAUAGUGUGCACGAGUCACGUCGUCUCACGUCCAGUUCUCGUUUUCGAGGGACGUGCAGGAUUCACCUCAUCGCGCGAGGACUCGUCGCCGCGGCGGAGUGAUGCGCGCUGCGAGGAACGCGAGGGGACGGUCUCUGACGAUCGACGAGAUUGUUGUUUACAUUCCUCUCCAAGUGCAUUCUCGCGGGACCGCCAUAUAGGGAAACCACCUUGCUUCCGCGUACAUGUUGCGUGUCUUUCUCGAAGGACUUAUUCUGAAUCGCUCAAGUGGCAUAACACUCUGGCGUGUCGACGAAGAAGGUAUUAUGGACCAUCUGGGAAGGUAUCGAUAGAAUCAAAGUGCUUCCUUCAGCUCCGAGAAAGUAAAUUGCUGCCUGCUGGACCGUUGAUUCACGUUGAUCCAAUUUAAGCUGUGGUACUGUAAGAAAUAUGUAAAUUAAGCAGUGAAUGUCGCCCUCGUUGUGUGGCUUACAGUUAUAGUGACAAAGCGGCUGUCUAUAUAAUAGAAGGAAUUCUUAUAUCAGGCACCAGAUUUUCGAAUUUCAACACCGCCAGGAAUGCCUUGGUGGUUCAGAAGUCUAUCCAGGAGAAUAAAAAGAAGAAGACCUAAGGGUCUGGUUCUAAGAGUACUUAAUUCGAAUGUGGGUGGAAAGAGGUGAUCUAUUACGAUCUGAUUUCCAUGGAAGCUCUCGCGAAGCGACGAAGAUGUGACAUAUCAUCCUGGACGACGAACGUUGUAACGUUGUAAGAGAAAGAAAAAAAGAAAAAUGGUACACGCAGCAGUCGUGGUUCUCGCUUUGGUCUCCAUCAGUGUAUCCGCCUACGAGCAUACCGCCGCGGAUCAGUGCGACUGGUCCGGAAGCGGAGGAGAAAGCGGUGGUGUCCGACCGGUGUACUUGCGCUGUGCUCGCGGAACGAUAUUAUGGCGCUAUCCUCAUGAUGCUUUGAGAGUGGUCCUUUCCUCCCCGGUCUCAUUCUUGGAGAACAAUUCUCUCAGCUAUCUGGGUUUCCGUGCCUGCGUCAAAAUCUCUGGGCCUGUGCGGGUCUUUCUGGAAGCUGGCGGCAAGCUGAGACAACUCUAUUCUCCUUCCGAUGGCAAGCACGAACUUACACACCGGUGCUUUCGCUCGUGGAAGCAUACAGCCGCACUUUAUAUGGAAGCUGAGGAUGAUUAUUCCUUCAAAAACACUAAGGUCAAGCUGCAAUACGAUCUGGAGCCGAAUUCUGUGAAGAGGGGAACACUUCGCAUGCCGGAUGAAGAGGAGGAUUGUAGACCUUGCUCCAUGGAGGAACUCGCUAAGGCUUACUGUCAAAGCGACUUGGUUGCUAAAGGCACUGUCACUGAUGUCGAACAGAAUCCUAAGAUGGAUACGGCUGAACUGAUACUUAGGGUCACCAAGAUCCUGCGCUACGUAACCCAGGAAGCUGAGGGCAAUGAAAUUGACGCGUCUUUUAAGAAGAGCGUGCGUGUGCGAAUACCAAUGGUAUGUGAUGCGCGGCACGGCCUCGGUGAAUUUGUGAUAAUGGCCAAACGACGUCUCGGAGAUCUCACCUUGGUAUGCGCGCCUCGAUUGGAGGCGUGGAUGCAAAUUGUACAUGAAAUGGACAAUGCGCCCUGCGUCCUUCAUAGUUAGCUAAUGAGAUUUAAGAUGAUUUUCUUUAGAAAGUUGUAAAGAAAUGUACACGAUA